AUACAACAUAAACAAUCCUAAAUUCAAGAGCUAGCAGCUCGCGCUUCCUUAGAUUAACUACAAUUGGUCUAUAAAUCUUCUCUGGUCAAAUAUUUCUAAUAAUAUAGAUUGGUAGAUAGCUUUACAAGCGCACACGAGGCUCACGCUGUCAGUUGAAAAGUGCAAUAACUCGUUAAUGUUUACAUAAGAAGGCAGCUAAUCCAACAACAAAAUGACAAGCACGCUGCAAGAAGGCAUUCUGGUUGGAUGUGGCAAUCCACUGCUGGACAUUUCCGCCAGUGUGCCAAUGGACUUUUUAAAGAAGUAUGAGAUGAAGGAGGACGAUGCCAUCCUGGCCGAGGAGCGACAUAUGCCCAUCUAUCGGGAGCUGGUAGAUGGCUUCCAGGCGGAAUUCCUGGCCGGCGGAUCGGUGCAGAAUUCCCUGCGCAUUGCCCAAUGGAUAUUGGGGCAGCCGAAGGUGGCCGUCUUCUUUGGCUGCGUGGGUGAGGACGAGUAUGCCGAUAUACUAAUGGAGAAGGCCAGGUCCGCUGGACUGGACGUCCACUAUCAAAUCAAGAAGGACGUACCCACGGGAACCUGCGCUGUUCUCAUCACCGGCACACAUCGAUCGCUAUGCGCAAACUUGGCGGCGGCCAACAACUUCACCAUCGACCAUUUGGAUCAGCCCCUCAACAAGACCUUGGUAGAAAAUGCCUUGUACUACUAUAUUUCGGGCUUCUUCCUCACUGUGAACCCGCCUAGCAUAAUGCAAGUGGCAGCCACUGCCCUUGCCAAGCAGCGACCGUUCCUAAUGAACCUCAGCGCACCAUUCAUAUCACAAUUUUACAUGGCACCGCUUCUGGCCGUCAUGCCCUAUGUGGACAUCAUCUUUGGGAAUGAGGCAGAGGCGCAUGCCUUUGCUACGGCCCAAGGCUGGCCGACCGAGGAUCUGCGCGAGAUUGGCAAGCGUCUGGUGGCGCUGGACAAACUGAAUCCGGCGCGACCUCGCAUUGCCAUACUAACGCAGGGCUGUGAUCCCGUGCUGCUCAUCCAGCGGGACUCGGUUGAAGAGUUUCCGGUCACACGAUUGGCGGUGCAUGAGAUUGUCGAUACCAAUGGCGCUGGGGAUGCAUUCGUUGGCGGUUUUCUGUCGCAGUUUGUGCAGGGUAAGUCCCUCGAUGUAUGCAUACGAUGUGGUAACUAUGCUGCUGGACAUAUUAUCAAGAAUCCUGGAUGUACGUAUACGGGUGAGCCGCAGUUUGUCGAAUAAAGAGGAUGCACAGGAGGAAAAUGACCAGGAUGAGUCUAAAUGGCAGAAAAAUACAUUACACACACAAAAGUACACAUACACAGGUCGCUGUUGCAAUUGUUAAUUAAGUGAAUAUUCUAUACAAGAGAGUGACUAAGACAUUUUUGUUAACACAGAUAAUUGUUUGUACAUACAUUUAACCUAACCUACAUACUCACACAUGCACAUGAACAUGCACAGAGCGAAAGACACUAACUAACAAGCAUACAGCUGCGGAGGAACGUGAUGGAGAAUCGGCUUGUGUUUUAUAUAGAUAGAGCAAUAUUCGAAUUUAAAUUGAUAAUAAAACAAAAGUGACACAAGGUACCAGAGAA